AUCGACCACAGUUCAAUGGUCGUACUUACAUUUAUCAAAUAAAUCAAGUGAAACACAAUUGGAGGAUUUUGAAGUUAAAGACUAUGAUUCUCUUCUACGCUAUUUUCCUGGAAAUGAUUACGAUUGGGUAUACUAUGCGCCAAUUACUGAAAAUACCAGACGAUUAAUGGAACUUGUGGGAAAUGAACUGGGAAUUCAAUAUGAACGUAUUUACGAGUACAACAAUAGUGCGGAAAUGCAAUUAGACAUGGAACAGCAUUGCAGAGGGAGCUGCUUUGCCAUAAAUUUUCAGUCAUUGCCAGAUUUAGGAAGUGGAUCCGGCAUAAAGUAUAGCCUCUCAUCAAACCGUGUACGCAGCUCACCAAAAAAACGUUUUGUGAAUGAUGACGAAAUUAAUCAUCAAAAGAAUGAUGAUGAAUAUAUACGUGAAGGCUUUUUCACGCUUCAACAUGUGGUUGAUCUCCAGUAUAUGCGCUACCAGCAACUUGAUCCGAGAUAUGAACUGCUGGUGAAUGUUAUCCCUAAUCUGGAGCUAGGCCCAGCCGAUAGCUAUCGCUUAGUCAACUUCGGGACACUAUUUAGCAUAUUAUUCAAAUUGCUUCUGUUGGGCACAUUUCUGGUACCUUUAGUCGAAGAGAAACAAAAUGGCAUCAAUGAGUUUCUCAAUCUCGUUACGCCCAUGAGCUUUUUGAAUGGCCUUAGCUUUUUCAUUUUACGUAUUCUAUUGUAUGGAUGCUUCCUGGUGAUCAACUUGACUAUCGCCUGGCAAUAUGGCGCCUUGGGGUCAAUUCAUUUCAUAUAUAUAUUUACCCUAUAUUUUUUAUAUAUUAUUGCCACUAUGUCGUAUUCCUAUUUAAUAUCCGUAUGCUUUUUUUCAGUCUUUUAUGCUAAAAUUGGCGGACUUAUCUUACUUAUAAUACCAUAUGUGUUUAGUAUUGUUAGUGGUUGGAUAACAAAUUUGGCAUUUAAAUUAUUUUCGACAAACGCUUUUCUGGAAGGCGUUAAUGUACUGCAGACGUUCUGUAACAAACACCGCAAUUUUGAAUUGUCUGACUUGACUCGAGUUAUUAAAGAUGACUUCAGCAGCAUCUUAACAGUUUAUUUAACGCUCAUCUGCCAGACCAUAUUUUACGCUUUGCUGUACAACUACUUGGUAUGCGUAUUUCCCGGGCCUGGCGGUCUUAAGCGCCCCUUUCUAUUCUUCCUAAAGCCGGAAACAUAUAAGAAGCGCCACCGCAAUGAAUAUACAACCGCACCGCGUGGCGCAAAUGCGAUAAUUAUAAAAAAUCUGUGCAAGAAAUUCAAGACGAGUAAACGCGAGACUCACAUUGCAGACCAUCUAGACAUGACGAUCAGCAACAAGGAGAUCACUGUUCUGCUGGGGCAUAAUGGUGCCGGCAAGACGACUAUGAUGAACAUGAUUAUGGGUAUCGUUCCAAAGGAUGCGGGAAACAUUCUUGUUUGCAGUGAACGUGAUGUUGCGUCGUAUCGUCACCUGAUUGGUUUUUGUCCACAACACAGCGUAUUUAUGAGUUAUAUGACCUGCCAGCAACAUUUGGAAUUUUUCGCCCAGCUACGAGGAGCAACACGCUCCGACGCGCAACGCUGGGCGGAAUCGAAACUGCGAAAGUUGCAUCUCACAGACAAAGCAACUGAAUAUGGUUGUCGGUUGUCUGGUGGAAUGAAACGACGUCUAUCGCUAGGUAUUGCCAUAGCUGGCAAUACUAAAAUUGUUAUAUUAGACGAACCAUCCUCAGGCCUAGACAUCGAAUCACGCCGCGAAUUUUGGGACAUUUUGCUUGAGCUACGCAAAGAGAAGGCUAUUCUGGUCACAACGCACUAUAUGGAAGAGGCCGAAGAACUCGGCGACACCAUUUGUAUAUUGUCGAACGGCAGGCUGGAAAGGACCGGAUCACCUUUGGAGCUUAAGCGCAAAUGGGGCAACGGUUAUUGCCUUAAGCUGGAAACCCACGAGAAUUUCAAUAAAGAUGACAUCUUAUCUGAAAUACGCAAUUUUAUAGAGAAUGCUUCCGUGGAGAAUAUUGUAAAGCCCACGCUUUAUAUUCGAUUGCCAUAUGACUGUGUCUUGAAAUAUCAUGACAUGUUGCGCAGUUUGGAGGGAGCUAAAGAUAGGUUGGGCAUUAUAACAAUCUCCGUUGCUGAUACCUCAUUGGAGAGCGUGUUUUUGAAUUGUGCUGGAGGUGCCGAUCAAGUGGAUACACCCGAUGGCACUCGCAAUAGCGAAUCUGCACUGAUACACCCAUACAAACGGUUGAAAAAUAUUGAGCCCCGUUUCUGGCAACUCGUUGCUGCAAUUUUCUACAAAAAAUUGACAUUUUUAUCUAAAGAAUGGAGAUAUACUGUCUGUAUGCUAUGCAUAUCUAUGCUUGGCAUUGUCUUCGCUGUUUUGCUGAUGCACUAUAUGUCGGUGGUAAAUAAUGAGUACGCUUUGCCACUAAAACUCGCACAGCUACGCACGGGCAGUGUCUAUAUCUACAACCCAUCUGGCUUUGAUACACAGUUCGAGCAGCAUUUACGUCAAUACAUUCAAAAUAGUGGACUUAAUGCUAAAACGUUAGUGGUGCGAGGAAACUUUACCAUUAAUGAGGAGUUGAAGCAGAUGCAGCGGGAUAAUAUGGCUGAAUUUCUCGAGGAUACUAUUGGCCUGAUUAAGAUCAGUGGAGCGAGUCGCACCACUGACGAGAAACCGAGUAUAGUAAUAUAUUGGGCCAGUAAUCGCUACCACAGCAGUAUCAUACUACUAAAUAUGCUGGACACGUGCAUGCUGCAGCAACUAGAUGGAGAAGCGAAAUCUUUUAUUGAUGCUAGUUAUGUGCCCAUUAGGCGUUUCGUUAGCGAUGUCAGCUCCGCAAGGCUCGAAUACUUUGCAGUCAUCGUAACAGCUGCCAAUUUCUUCUACAUGUUCUAUUUCAUCGCAUUGCCGUUUGGGGAGCAUGUGAACGGAUUUCGACAACUGCAGCCCAUGUCACGCUUCACAUAUUGGUGGGCCACCUUUGUGUUUGAUUCGCUAUUGCAUGGCAUCGUCUGCCUGACGCUGUUUUUAAUCCAACAGCUGAUAAUGCCCGAUGAGUUGUAUAAAGUCGAACAGCAGAAGCUAAUCGCAUGGAGUAUAUUUUUAUAUGGUUGCAGCUAUCUGCCUAUUUUGUACGUUUUGGGUAAUAACUUUAAGUCGAUAUCAACAAUUUCAACAUAUCUGCUGCUUAUGUUUAUUGUUUCAGAGAUCGCACCUUUAAUCACCUCCGGCAAUAUUCAGGCAAUGAAACUUCAUGAGACAAAAAUUGCCUUUCUCUGCUUUCUGCCCGAUUUCAAUUUGAACCAUCAGCUACGGAUCAUCAACGAAAAUCUAUUGACACAGCGCAAGAAAUCGUCACUUGCUCCGCCAUCCACUGGAGUAUUUUUCGCUUAUGCACUUGUCGUGCUCUUCCUAGUCAUGUGCUUCUUCACAAUUGUGCUAGAAAACAAGUACUAUCGCCGACAAUUGAUCGAUUUUUUUCAUGGCAAGAGCUGUAAGAUACCACCUAAAGCUGGAAUUGGCAGUCCGCAGCAGGAGAUGGAGACGAUCAACGAUUGCAUCACAAACAACUCUCAUGAUUAUCCUUUGAUCGUCAGAAAUCUGCACAAGAGCUAUGCAGGCAAACCGGCUGUCUGCGGUAUCAGCUUUGCUGCAAAGCCCGGCGAAUGCUUUGGACUGCUGGGAGUUAAUGGAGCAGGCAAGACGACCACUUUCCAAAUGAUCACAGCCAACGAGAUUUUAGAUAGUGGACAUAUACGGAUCAAGGGCAUUGAUAUACGGCAAAACGAAGUGCUCUACCGCCAGCAAUUUGGGUACUGUCCACAGUACGAUGCACUCAAUCAAUUUAUGACUGCCGAGCAGUGCCUUCGAUUGAUGGCACUCCUACGUGGUCUCUCUCUCAGGACUGAGGACGGUGGAAGGGCCGUGAAAAACAAUGUGGAAUACUGGUUAAUGAAAAUGGAUUUAGUUAAGUAUCGUCAUGUGGCCGUGAAAAACUAUUCUGGUGGAACCAAACGGAAGCUACUGGCUGCCAUGGCCUUGAUUGGCGAGCCAUCCUUGGUGCUAUUGGAUGAGCCGACAACGGGCGUAGAUCCCAUAUCGCGACGAUUCUUAUGGAAAUGCGUUAAGGACCUCCAGACUGAAAGUCGAGCAGUGGUGCUCACAUCACACAGCAUGGAUGAGUGCGAGGAGCUAUGUAAUCGACUGGCCAUCAUGGCGAAUGGUGAAUUCAAAUGCCUGGAUAACAUUUGCGCCCUUAAGCGCUUAAGCGGCUUUACAAUUAAACUAAAAAUACGAAUCGACAUGGAUACCGAGACAAAUAUCAAUACUAUCACGAACAUGCUUAAGCAACAAUUCAGUCAGUUAUAUCUGCGUGAAAAUCAUGCAGGAUCAUUGACAUAUUUUAUUUGUACUGAAGAGCAGAUCAUAUGGUCAAGAGUAUUUAAGACUACAGUAGAUCUGGCGAAUAAUUUGGAAAAUCUAAUUGAUCAUUAUUCGGUAAAUGAAUGUACACUGGAAGACAUUUUUUUAAAAUUCGAAAAACAUUCAAAAUCAAUUAUACAUUCUACAUCGGGUUCCCAAAACUACGUUUAAGACUUAAUGUAAACUUUAUAACACAUUUUGAAAAUAUAUUUAUUUAUAUCGAAAA